AUGGCGGGUAAAUCAGCAGUGAAAGCCCCUUCGAGUGUCGUGCCUACGAUACGAGACUUGGUAGACAAGAUAGUAUUGGAAUGUCCAUCUAAAGAGGUUCUCAUCAUUAUAGAAACACUUUAUAUAAAUUAUCUGAGUGAAUUAUGUGACGAUACAAAGACAUUGGAAUGUCUCCAAGAGUUGGACGCUAUUUGUUUCCUAGAGGACACUUUAUGGCCAUUGAUGGAUUUUAUUGCAAGUAUACAAGACGACCGUCAUUUCUAUAUGAAGAAAAUCUAUUUGGUGUCAGUGAUGCUGCUUGUAACGUUUAAAGCUCAAAAGAGAGACGUUACAUUGUCGUCUUCUUCCUCUAUCAGCAGUUUGAAUGGUGUGUGGACCUUUGUAAGGGAGAGAGAAGGAACGUGGAAGACAUUUAUGACGACAUUGUGGACAGUAUUGGAGGAAACAAGACUUGACAAAGAGAAUGACGCUACGUGGACAUUCAAGGAGCAAACAGCAUUGAAUUACUUUCUCAUUAUAUGCUUUCAGAGUCUCGACGUGCCAUUAGUAGCGUCGUCCGUGCUGCAGAUGACGUCCUUGUCACUGUGGACGGCACUAUCGCAGACCCAACGAGCGCUCGAGUUUCAAGCGUAUCCAAAACUAAAGAAACACUGGAAUCGCAUCAUGUCUGAGAACGCUUCUACGACGAAAAAGAAGAAGACGGCCAAAACGAAUAAACGCCGCAAACUAGAAUCGACUAGAGAGACUCGGGCAUGUCAAGAGCAAACUGCGUUGGUGUGCCGACUCAAUGCGUUUUUCCGGGUGCUAAAGGCUCCAAUUGAAGAAGGCGUUUCAAAGCACGUGGUAACCUCCCGACUGCGCUUCGUAGCGUCAUUUCUAGCCCUACUGAUCGACCUAUUGAGUCAACUCCCUACGCGUCGCUUUCUGCUGACAGUAUUGAGGCGUCGCCAUGUUCGCACUGCGCUUCAAAAUAGUACGCUCGUCCAAUAUGCGCUGCAGUGGCAGAGUGCUAAUGACAAACAAGCUCUCAGCAAGCAGUUGGCUUUGCUGGACGCAUGCAUAAGUUUUCCCGUCAAUGCACAUACCGGAGCGUCACUUUCUUCACGAGAUUACCGUGAACAUCUUGAUCGCCAAAUUCAGACGUUGCAACAAUACGCCUUCCAGUCAUUUAGAAACUCACGGGUGGAGGAAUUAGCCAUUGUUCCGUGUGGUCACAUCGCGAAUGCUGCAAGCUUCACAGAAAUGCUGAGCUCAAUCGUAGCUGCUGAUAGCUUGCGACUCUCGUCAUUGGCUAUCGCUGUUGGUGUGCUCGCAGAUCAGGCUGAAGCUGACACAGUGUCUGACGUGGAAUUGAUUGAGUAUUUUAAGGAGGAAUAUACGGUUGAAAGUAGCAACAAGCAUGACGCACUUUCGCCCGAUGUGCCUGUGUUCCCCACCGAAUUAGACAUUUGGGAUGAAAUGUUGAACCGAAAGAAUGCGUUUGAGCAAAAUGCCAGGGCACCAGAUGACGAUGAACUGAUGCAAGCAGUGGACCAUGAAAUGGAUGACAUCUACAGCGCCGACGAUACUAACUUGUUCCCGGUACUACCUGUGCGCAAAUUAGGUCUACAAUUUUUGAAUCUAGCGGACUAUCUGCAGCGCAACUAUGAGCUGCUUCGACUGGAAGCUGCGCAAGCUGUCCGCGGAGAUCUUGAGACCGCUAUUCAACAACUUGAUGCUGUGCGUGCUUUGCGUUCAUCAAGUGAAAAUGACACAAUUUUUCGUGGUUUCUCUCGUUUUAGUGUGCCGCUGACAAAUGCACUCCAGAUUGUAAAAGUGAGUAAGCCAUUACUCGGCCAGGCUGCUCCCGCAUCAGUCAUCGCACAGCUUGAGGUAGAAUUGUCCAGCCGGCAUGAUCGUAAGCACUUUGAUUGCUAUCGGACGAAGGAGGUGGUGUUUCUGGUGAUUGUGAGAGCUACAGUUGAUGAAGGCUACGAAAUGAUGGGGUUUCAGAAGCAGCCAGAAGACGGAGGAUCGUUUCCUGAGAAAUUUGGUGUGCAGUAUGUACGUGCUGCGGAAAUCGUAGAGGUGACAGAUGCUGCUGGUAUCGCCAUUAACGAUGAUAACAGGGUUGGAAAAGGCAGCAAGCGGAUGUUUAAACUAGCUUUGGAUGGUGUACAAUACAAGAAUGACCUAGAAGCUGGUCACCUUGAUGCAUAUGAACAAGUGAAUUUGUUAGUGCGGCGUACGAGUCGUGAGGAUAACUACAAGUCUGUGUUGGACAUAAUUUACAGAACAUGGCGUGAUGCUAACAAGGAAGAGCUACUACCAGCAUGGUUACACGACCUCUUUUUGGGAUACGGAGAUCCGACGGCUGCGCUGUAUAAGUCGAUUUACAAAGCGAGGGCAGAAAAGCAGCUGACUGUGGCUAUGAGUGAGCUGCUUGUAGAUGGUGAGCAUGCACUCGAAGCCGGUGGCGCUGAGAAGCUUGUGAAUGGCGAUGAUGAAACGCAAGAGCUUAGUGCGAAGGAUGCGGUUCCCCCAUUCACGUAUGUUGAGAAUAUCCGCGAUGGCUCAAAUUUUAUUCGCGCGUCCCACAAGAUGUCUGCUGGCUGUUCGAGCAUUGAUUCUCCAGUCCGCUUUACUAAAGCACAAGUGACUGCCGUACGCACAGCAGCGUUUGAAGGAUUGACACUAGUUGUGGGUCCACCAGGUACGGGUAAGACAGAUGUAGCUGUACAGCUUGUGUUGAACCUAUACCGCUCAACCUCAUCACGUGAAAAGGUGCUUCUUGUGGCCCAUUCAAGUCAAGCACUCGAUGACUUUUUUGCAAGAAUUCUAGCACGAAACGUAAUUAACGAAGCUGAAAUCGUACGGAUGGGACAAGCGCAACUUGAUAAUGAAAAUGGUUUAGCCGCAAAGGAAGGCGAGGGGGGCUUUUAUGGAAAUUUCAGUUGCGAUGGGCGCGUAGCAUUUCUGUUGGAGCGAAGGGCAACUUUGCUGGCAGAAGUGGAACAGAUGGCGCAGUGGCUUAUCAAGCGCGAUCCCGCGCAAUACGCUGGUCUGAGUGGUGGUUCAGCGUCAUAUUCUUGUGUGAACGCUCUUAUUUUCUACCAGUUCCACAUGAAGUUGUUACUUAAUGCGGCUUAUGAGUCAACAGGGUUAUCCUCGACUGAUGGUAAAGGCGUAGCACUCACGGAGUUUUUUACAUUACGUAAGGGUGAGCAACCCAUUAAGGCUGAGGACGUACGUCAGUUUGCUGCGGAUAUUGACUCGUACUUUGCAGAGCUGCGGCGUCUUGAACCCUUCGAGUUGCUUCAGACCCCUCGCCAGCGUGGCGACAUGUAUCUGAUCCAUCACGCUCGCAUAAUAGCGAUGACAUGUACGCACGUGGCACUAGACUACAGCAAGCUUGCAAAUUUGGGGCUGGAGUUUGGAAGUCUCAUCGUGGAGGAAGCUGCUCAGGUAAGUGAAUUGGACACCCUCGUGCCGCUUUUAUUAACAUGUUCCAAAAAAGCUGGAUCAGCUUAUGCAAAUAAAGGCACGACGCACUCAAGCCUCAAGCGAGUCGUGCUUAUCGGAGAUGCAAAGCAGCUUCCACCUAUGGUGAAAUCAGCUGUAUUGAAAAGUUACGCACACUUUGACCAGAGCCUCUUCACUCGCUUUUUGCGUCUUGGUGUACCUCCCAUUGUACUCAAUCAACAAGGCCGUAGUAGGAGCGAGUUGGCUGACAUUUAUCGGUGGCAAUACGAUGAUAUCUUCUCCAGUGAAGGUAAAACUACGCUGGGUGAUUUGCCUCGCGUGAAGUCUGGGCGCGAAUAUCAGACUGGCAACGUUGGGUUUUUGCAUGUAGCGCAGUUUGUGGACCUUUCCACAACGUCUGAAGAGCGUCAGCCGAGACCUUAUGCUUAUGAGAAUGAAGAAGAGGCUCGAUUUAUUGUCGCUCUGUUCCAGUACAUGGUCAGUAUUGGCUACUGUGCAGAUCAGGUGGUCAUCCUUACGACCUACAGCGCGCAAAGAGAAUGCUUGCAGCGGCUACUGCGCGCUUUUGUACUUGAAGUUGAGGUCUCUACCGUUGACUGCUUUCAAGGCCAGCAAAAGGAUUUUGUACUGUUGUCUACGGUGCGUAGUGGGAAUAGCGUGGGGCACCUGCGUGAUGUGCGUCGCGCUUUGACGGGCUUGUCUCGCGCACGGCUUGGAUUAUAUGUGGUGGGAUGUUUCAAUACGCUGGAGCAGGCAAGAGAGCUACAACCGUUCCUGACCAAGUUAAUAUCUGUAGCGAAAAAGCACGACAGCGGCAAGGCGAUGAAGCUGGCACUUGUGCCUUCGGAGAGAGUGGGGCCAACCAGGACCAAGUCCAAAGCAAAGCCUAAAGUCGUGUACAUUUCAGACCGGAAGCAGCUUGAGAAGGUGGUGGAAGAGCUGAAAGCUCAAAAACAUUGUUGA